AAAGAAAACAAACUUUUUGAAACAUACUUCCAGUGUUACUAGUAUAUUUGUCACAUUUUAUGUACUUGCCUUAUUUUUCUAUAGUAACACUGACUUUGACAGUACAAUUACGAAAACACAAGCGCAUAAAUGUCUCCCCGCGAUAUUUUCGUAAGAAAUGACUUCUACAAAUGAUGGGAAAGACGUGAAAAGUAAUCAAACAAGUGGCCCAAAAGGCAAAACAUAUUACAUUGAACUUUACAAGGCGCUCGAAGCCGGUCUGAACAGCGACUGUGCGCUUCGCGAUCGUACGCAACACUUGUGCGAAGCGUGGCGACGCAUUCACAGUCUCUGUCAGCACUCGGCUUCCACCACACACCCACACUUGCUGACCUGGCUGCAGAGGCACACUGCUAAGACUGUGUUGCAGACAGAAUGGCAGUCCCCAAAGAUCAAGGAUCAACACAAAAGGCUUGAGGAUGCCAUCAACGCGUUUAUCCAGGAGUGUGGGGGUCGGACGAGCAAGGAUGCAGUUCCACCAGCCUGGGAAGUACAGCUGGUGGCGAGAGCCCAGUUUUUCAAACAGAUCCUCAGCAACCCCUGGGGGCACCCUGUCCUUAGGGUGCUGCUGGAUCCCAGGGGAGAACCACCUUCGAAUGAGGAAGUACUAGCAUGGCUGAAGGAAGAGCGCGGCGUGAUGUUCGUGACGCGGUUGCGUCAGCUGGCGGCGUCCAAGUGCGACGACUUGGCGCUGGCGCUGUGCUCCGCCGUCCUCGACCGGGUCCGCGCCUGCGCUCCGCCCACCUCCGACACUGAAGCUGAUGGCAUCGCCGAUCAUAAGGAUAAGUCGGACUCAAAGAAGACGUUCGAAGAUAUCCUGAAGGCGGAGGCGGGGUUCACAGUGGAUGUGUUGGAACUGCUUGUUGACAUGGAGUUUGUACUCCUCUAUAAAGGAGACAAACGAUCGCAUUGUAUCGAACUGGCCAAACAAACGCCUCUCCGCAAUGGCUACCAGCUGGUGGAGAGGCUGCAGAGCCGGCUCGAGACAUCGCCCCGAGAGAAGAAACUAUGGAAGAACGCCAAAGAUGUUGCGACAUUGAUUGCACAGGUGAUAAUAACCCGUUGCAUGGUGGUGUCGGUGUGCGGCGGCGUGGCGCGCACGGCGCUGUACUGCUGCGCGCGGUCGCUGGUGCGCGCGCUGGGGCGCGCGCUGGCCGCGCCCGCCGCCACCGCGCGCCAUCUGCACACCCUCGCCGCCGCCGUCGACGCGCAGAGCACCCCGGACAUGAAGCCAUUUGUGUGUGAAUUGUACGUGCGAGCAAUCACUGCUGGCAUGAACGAGCUUGAGAGGCUCAAACUUAAGACUGAAAAGGAGGCUGAAGCCCGCGGUGCGGAGCAGACCCUGGCGGGUUGGUUCACCCAGCUGGGCGCGCUGCUGGCUCCCAGCGCGCGCCUGCGGGCCGAGUGCGCGCUCACUGCCUUCUCCGUGCAUCCCUCGCCGCAUCUGUACGAACGCGUCAGCAAGGCCACGCCGCCGCCGCCGCCGGCCAGGGAUGUUCACGAAACGAAAGAGGAACCAACUUCUGAAUUCGGUAGUUGGGCGAGCGAUUCCCGUUCGCAGACAAAUUUUGUGAAGACAUCAGAGACUCUGAACCUUAAACAUACGAAGAAUCAGGCCAAUGUGUUGUCUACUGCGAUAUUCAGUGAGGCCGAAGCCCUAGGGAUCAGUCCGGAGCUCUGCACUGAUAUUGCAGUACUGUUGUCUGGACCUAGACUGAAGACCCUUUCAUGGGAUAUGGACAGGGAUAAAUUAUUAGAUAACUGUCGAGCGUAUAUGGAGCGUACGAAGUUCGGUACCUGCGCGCUGACCACGGAGUUGAAGUACUUGAACUUGGACCCGAGCCAGUUUCAACAUCUACCCGAGGAGGAGGAUGACGACACUGACAUGUACUACGGGAUUGAGAAAGGCUACGAGCAUCUCGUAGAACAAUACCAGGAUCCUGAAGAAAUAUGGCAAGAUGCUGAGGACUCGGAAAGAACACAGAGUGCAGUGUCUACUGACAUUGAGGAUAGCCCCGUGCGAACCAAGAAAAUACCGAGAAAGACCAAGAAACCCCUCUCCUCAGAGGACGAUUCAGACCCUCUCAGCCUCGUUGCAGAAGCUAAAAGAAUAGAAAAGAAGAAAGAACGACCGCACAGCAAAGAAAGAAGUAAAGAGCGUAAACGAACAAAACCUAAAGCGAAACCCAAAGAUCCUUUAGAGGUAACUGAACCAGAAAUAAACCAAAGUACAGAGGUAAAGAAAGAACCUAAAAAGAAAGAAAAGCGGGAGAGAAAGAAGAAAGAAAAGGCGGCUAAGGCCCCGGCGCCUCAAGCGAAACCCUCUUCUUUGUCAAAUUUGAUUGGAAUGAAAGUUUCUAAGAUUACAAACCAGAGACCAGAGAUUGUGAGGCCUGCUAAAAUACCCUCAGUCAGCGACAGUGACUAUGACAGCCAAGGCAAACUCUCACUCAACUCUGGGAUCUCAGAAACCAAUGAACCUGAUGUCCUAUUUGAUGGCCUAUUUUCUAUGGACGAAUUAAAAUCACCAGAAAAGAGUCCAGACAAGAAUCAAGUCAAGAAAACUGAACCACAAAUUGCUAAUGUAACAAAUCCACCGCCCGUUGGAAUCAAUCAGAAUGUACCAACAAAUGAGAUUGCACAGCCCAAAGUACAGGAAAAUGCACAGCCCAAAGUACAGGAAAAACCAAGGUCUAGGACCAGUUCUCCAAGCAAUUUGACCUCUACUUUCAGUCCAAGCAACAUGUCUGUGAAGGAAAGUUUAAGUAAACUGCUACACUAUAGGCGACAGAAGUCUUUUCCUGACAUGGAACCAAAAAUUAACUUGCAACCUAAUGUAGUUCAUACUUACACUUAUAAGAAAGGAACUGAUACGCCAGUGAUAACUCCUCAACCUCCAAAGCCGGUGCCACUAUCACCUACACCUGCUCAUGUCUCUCCGAAGCUAGUCCAAAUGUCAUCAGCCCCAGCUCAUGUCUCUCCAAAACCUCAAAUACAAGAUACUUCAAAAAUCUUUAUUAAUCAGACCCAGUCGGCGCAACUAACAGAUUUGAAGAAUGAAGUUAACAACUUACUGAGUUCUAAAACCUUUGGAAUAGCAAGACCUGUCGUGCCUUGCACCCCCAAGACUGUAAAGUUGAACAAUUCUCUGCCAAGUGGAAAUCGUUUCCCUAGUCCAAGUGUACAUAAAUUACCACCAGAUUUGUACAGACCCACGGCAGACACAAAGGCGUUACGUCCAAAUAUUUUAAAUAAGCAACAACCAGAAAAAUGCAAUACUCAAAAAUUUCACGCAUUCCUUAAAGAACUUCAGGAGUCUAUUAACGCAGGAGCGGGCGAACACAUAAGUAAAUCUACUUCUAGCAGAAAAGAAAUUAAACCACUGAGCAGGGUCACUCCAGUACUGCCCGCAGCGAAAGCUGAACACAAAUCAUCUCCCCAAAGUGCCAAACAAACUCAAAAGAAAUCUGAUAACCUUUUAAACACGUUUUCGCGCCUCAGUUAUCUACACAAAAAUAAAAUAGACUCAAAAAUUAACGGAGUGAAUCCCGUCGUCGAAGCCCUAAUAGAAUAUCAGAGUAAAACGCUUCAAAAUCCCCCGAAUGAAGCUGAAAUAGACCGGAUUGUAAUUGAACAGAAAAAAGCAAAAGAUAAAUAUUUGUCAAUAAAAAAUGAGCGAUACGAUAGACAAUCAUAUCAGCAACAUGACAACAGUCUGAGUGUACAAAGGAAGAUUGAUAAACCAAAACAAAGUAUUUCGAAACAAAAUCCCGUAAUGGCGAACAUGCUGUCAAGUACGAAGCCAUUGAAACCUGAGAUUCAUAACAAAAAUAGUAAAUUGGAAUCUCCACAGGCUACACCAACACUAAAUGCAUUGACAGAAAAAGAUCAAGAGGAAUUAGUUCUUCUUUUGCGUCAGCAAUCGAAACUUAAUCAACAAAGACCAUGUAUUAAGGAGAGAGUUCCUCCUCCACAGACAAUUACAUGUCCCACGACUUCAAGCUUUCCUAAUCCCUGUUCUAGUCAGUCGCUAAUAAAGAACAAGAUAUUAGAAACUCCUAAUAUCAAUAUAAGCAAUGUCAGCAUUAAACAAGUUACUAAACCUAGUCCGAGUAUAAAGCCAGCGAACCUCAAUAAUUGUGAACCACAAACAAAACCUAUAAAUAUGGUGAAGACUGAAUAUAACUUUCCUAAAACAGUAGACCCGAAGACACAUAAGAUUGAACUCUUUAGUAACAACGAGGGCAAGAGCAAGCACAAACCUGAUACAGCUAAACCUGGUGAUAGUAAAGAAACUGAUUGGGAGAAGGUGAUGGACGCCAUUUUAUCUCAUAAGACCCCAAGCAGAGGGCCAAACGCUCUCGACAUGGCAUUAAAUAAAGACAGUUAUAAAAAGACAAUUUCAGAAAGCUUGCGCAAUCAAAGGAUAGUCAAGACAAACUCGACUGGAGAUAAUAAAAUUAAAAUGAUAAAUGUGAUAACCAAAGCUCCGACAAAUUCGGUAAUGAAUGUGGACCCGAAAACGAGCCCUCCCCCGCCCACAUUGAGCCGGUCAAACUCGGAAACUGUCAUCAAAACCAGUAAAAGUAAAAAGACCCCGGCUAAGAGUCUUCUGAAACCGGCAAACACCACUACUACAGAAUUUACUUCGAACAUAAAGCCGACACAACCCGAAAUGUCAAAACGUCAAAUUCAAUCUGAAAAAAGAUCAAUGCAUUCCUCAAAAGACCAGGCAGAGGUGUAUAAGAAAAUACCGUUAAAAAAUAAUGAGAAACCAUUUACUACUACAUAUUUCAAACAUGACGACCCUUUCAUCUCGGGUAUACCUAACUCGGAUUAUGAUCUCCUUGAGGAAUUGAUGGACGAUGAUUUACGACAAGAAAUCGGCGAAUUAUCAUCAGACGAAGAGAGUUAUUCAACUCCCAUGCAUGGCCUAAAAGAAAAGUCUCUCAAUAUGAGUAAUGUUUCCAUUCCUGUAGUGCGAGAAGAAAGGCGCUCAAAUUCAACAGCGAUUAAUAAUGGCGCAGUGCAUAAGAAAACCGAUCCAAAAGUGGUAGUAUGCGAAAUCCCAAAGACUGUCUUUGAUCCUUCCAAGCAACUGCAUACUCCAGGAUUUAUCGACCCGAAAUGUGUCACUAAAAAUGUUGAUGUUACAAAUCCACCAGUAACUGUUCAACAGCUACCUAAAAGUGUUAAUACUUCUUCGAAGAAGACAAAUAAACCAAGCCUUAAUGUUAAAAUUGAUCAGUUACGAGCAAAGAGUCAGACUAAUACAUCAACAGCUGGAGUACCGCGGCAACCUACCUUAAAAAACAUGGUUCUUAUCGGAUCAGACGUUGUGUAUCAACCUUGCACUAUUCAAAAUCCUAUUCGCACAACUGCUCCAAACCAAAACACAUACGUUGCAUUUAAUAACCAGUCAAAUAUGGCUAUUUAUCAGACCACACAAUUCGCUGCUUCAACAGUAAAUCCUGUUAUCAUAGGAAAUGCUACAGUAAAAUUACCUGAAAGUAACCAAACGACCACUGAAAGCGCAGAAGUGAUAAAUAAUGUUCCAAACAAGACUGCCCAUGAUGCUAAAAACGAUAAAUCAGAACCUAAACCUAAUUCAGUUGAUAACGUGAAUGGUGACAUUACUUCGAAAAACGAUAAAGAAAAAGUUGAUAUUAAUUCUAAUAAGAAUAUUUCUGAAAGGAAGGUACUAUCUGAGGUGCAGGAAAAACAGAAGGUAGCCGAGAAAACAGAACAGAAGACAAAAAGCCAAUCAAAGGCGAAUUGCGACAUGGUCAAUGAGGUAUUAAAAGACCAAGAAAGACUGCAAAAGAAACGCAUGUCUAUACUAAAUCGGAAUAUUAUUCACCGAAGCGAUAAGCAAGCAAUUCCGUUAACGUAUGCUCCAAUCAUCGCUAUCAAAAUAGUACCAGCUGUUCCUCAAGAAAUUAAUAACGAAAAGAAUAUUUCUGCUUGCACUAAAAUUGACAAUACAAUUCAAACUAUAAAACUAGGAACACUGGUGAACCUUAAAGUGUUGAAUGUAGAGAAACCUGUUAAGCACGACGCUAACAAAAAAUGUAAAGAAAAUAAAGAUAAGACACCACGUCGUAUCGUAUUGCGAUCUUCUAGUAACAAGGAAAUCAGCUUAGAUGCAAUUACGGCCAAGAAGGUAGCUGCACCUAAGAAAUCUAAAGCUAGAAUAAAACCUGUGGAGACCGUCAAUAAAAUUAUUGAGGCCACUAAGCCUAAAACAUCGAAGAAACCAGCACCUAAAAAGACACUUAAUAAAACUAUUAAGAAAGUGGAAGUAAAGAAGAAAGCAACUAAAGCCCAACCUAAAAGAAAUAUGAAGCUAAAACUUAAUAUUCACAAUAAACCCGAUUUGAUACAGGAGGCAGAAAUACCGAACAAACAAACAGUGAUGAUGGAUCUUGAGGAUCAAAUAGUAACAUCUAAAAUCCUUAAAGUAAUAUCCCCAGACCAGCCUGUACCAUCCUUAGUUGAAAUUCCUAAUGUGGAUGAGAUUUUGGAAAGCGUUGAAAGCGACACUGUCGUUAAUAAUUGUACGAGCCCAAGCAUUCUAGACAAUGAGGAUUCACUUAGCCUCCUGUUACGACCUCCGGCUGAUGGCACGGAAAAAGAUGUUACAGUUACUCCUGAGAAAAAUGUUGAUGAAAUGUCAUUAGUCAAAGAGGUCACUGACACUUUAGUAACUGACUCUACGAAAGCUGAUGCAAACAUUAAACAACUAGUAACAGACCCUGACGUUGUUGACGAAAUUGAAAGUUAUGUGAAAAAAUUAGAAGAUAGCAUAAAAGAUACAACUGACAAACAACACAUAAGUUUAGCUUGUAAAGAAAUAAUGUAUAAUACAGAGGAAUCUUGCACAAGUUCACUUUCUGAACUUCCAACUGAAAUUCAAACUGAAACUCGAAAAGUUGAAGCACAAGUCAAUAACAAAAUAUCUGUUGACAAUAAUGUAGUUAAUGCUCAAAAAGUAUUUGACGACAAUGUUGAUGAAGUAAUAUGUAUCGAUGAAGAUGAUGAUGACGAACCCGUCCAACACAACGAAUCAAAUAAGAGAGACAGUGAACGAAUCGAUGACAUACCACUAUCUUAUUUGAAUUCUAUUAUAGUCGAAGAUUUAUCUCAUAUAAAUACAGGUGAUCCGUUAAAGAAACUUGUGCGGAUUAAGCUACCGUGUGGUAAAGUAUUUAAGGCGACCGUCCAUGGUCAAACGAAUCUAAACAUCAAAACAUUAUUUACGGUCCAUGCACUGAAAAAGAUUUUAUUGACCAACAUAUUAUCUCAAAGAAAACGAUAUACUUUAAACAUAAAACAAUUAGGGAGGUCUUACGUAAUCCAAUCUGAAAGAGUACUAAAUAAUGAAAAUAGCUUAGCAUCUGGAUGGCCAACUGGCGAGGUGGAAACAAUCGAUUUACUUAGUGACUCCGACGAAGAAACACAGUGUAUUCAAACACAAUAUGGCAAGUACAACAUAAAAAAUAUAGAUAAAGACUUAUUGGAAAAACAUCAAAAAGUGUUAGAUAAAGUGUGUUAUGUAAAAUUAACAAAAUGUGAUUUAUCUAGUCGUUCAAGCAGCCAGAAUGAUUUGACGAAAGAUAACGUACAAACGGAUACGUCUACAGCACCUAUUCUAGAUGGAUCUGUUUAUGAAGAUAUAAUUUUUUCACCUAUGUCUCAAUCUACACUGGAUAUCAUUCCACCUGCAUUUGAAGCUGAUACCUCACUUGCUGCUAUUGAUGUGCAACCGAUGAGCGUGCCCGAAUUACAAUCAAUUGUUCAAACUGAAGCAGAACCCGUAACGAUACCUGAUGUGGAUGUGGUAUCUGAACCUAAUUUACCACCAGUUACGAAACCAAAAAGUCGACCAAUAAUUCUCUCUAAUGUCUUAAUAUGUCCACCUGGUAAGCAUACUCUAGAAAAGCACGCUGCAUCUAAAUCAGUACCUAAGACAGAUAAACAGUUGGUACUCAACCCUGUCCCUGUACUAAUAUCCGAACCUGAAAUGCAAUCAGUUCCUGUGGUCCGUGAUGUGCAACUAGGAUCCGGGUUCGAAUUACGGUUAGGGUCGAAGUCUGUAGAGCUACCAGUUCCUAACGCCGAUGAGCUUGUAUCUAAGCCCGAAAAGCAGACAGCGGCAAUGUCUGAAGUACCUCAAAUUGCUACAUGUGAUGGACACAGUUUCAAGCCCGGACUGCAAUCCGGGUCAAAUCUUAAGGAGCAGCUAGUUUCUCAGUCUAAAGUGCCAACAGAUACUAUGCUUCAUGAUCAACUGAUGUCCAAUCCCAAAGAGCCACGAAUUUCUCAACCAGAGAAGCAAUCAGGCUCUAAUUCAGAAAUACUGCCAGUUACUAACAUGCAGCCUGUGCCCAGAUCUGAAGGUCAACUCGAAGUUCUGCCGGUUUCUAAGCUCGAUAUGCAACAAACUUCAAAUUCUGAAAUACCAUUAGUUGCUACGGCAAAUGUGUCUAAAACACAAGUGCAGCUGGCUUCUAGACCUGAAAUGCCUAUAAUAACACCUAACGAACGUUCAACUUUGACGGUCGAACCGCAAUCUGUUUCUAAACCAAAAUCACUAGUAGCUGAAGAUAGACUGGGUCGUACACUAGACUUACAAACUACACUAGAUCGUGAUUUGAGACCGGUUUCCAAGAUUGACCUGCGGCGCGCAUCUACCUCUGAUUUCAGAUCACGGCGUGAUCUGCACCGUGCUUUGCGGCCUAGUGUGAUUAUACGUAAUCAAAACAUUAAAUCAAGAAAUGAAAUAAAUAUUGCAUCUAAAUCUGUGUUGAAAGAACCUAUAGAGGUAAUAGAGAUCGAUGAUUCAUCCAGUGACGAACAUGAAACUAUCACAGGGCUGAUGCCGCAUAUAGAACGAAAAGAACCAAUAAGCAUUACUUGUGAGAACAAUACAUCAACUGAAAUGAAUGAUAACGCAAAACCAGUUGAAGAAAAGAUAAAUGAGUUUAGAAAUCUAUUAUUUAAAGAACUUGGUAUAGAUUUGGCUGACACUUCUACGCCACCAAACGAACCUAAUCUAGAAGAACCUGCUGAAAGUUCUGCACAUACAAACGACAUAUUCUUUUCUUUGUUUGAUUCGCCUCAAGUUUUUGAAGGUGGGCUUUCAGAUAGCAACAAAUCUUCGCCCAGUCAUCUCCCAAAAACGCGAGAAUGUUUUGUAAAGGUACCAAAAUGUGACGAUCUAGUAAGAAGAUAUGAAAAUCUGAAAUUACUAAAAGAAUGUUUUGUUAAAUUGGUCCGAUGUGAUGAAAUAAAAUCAUCCAAUGAAUUAAAAGCUGACGUUACGAUUGUCGACGAUGGGACACCUGAAGAGACGAUAGUGGGCUCAACCAAUCUGAUGCGUUGUGAAUCUUUGUCUAUUCUUACCGAUUAUGAAAUACUUGAUGCUCAACAAACCGCUAACCAAAUUAGUUCACCAGUGAUGGAAGCAUAUGAAACCAUUGCUGCUGUAUAUGAUGGUCAUCAUACUACAAAAGCUGCAAAAAUUCAGAAGCAUUCAUAUACGUCACAUGUCGAGAUGAGGUCGACAUGUGACGCUGAUUGGUUUUUAACUAAACCGAAGAGCCUAAAAAAGUCUAAAGUAGAUGCUCACGAUGUUCGAGCUGAUUCUUAUAAUACUACAGCGAAUGGAGAUAAUAUUAUGCCUCUCAAGACCUUGGUAUUGAAACUCUUACAAAAUGACUUAACUCUAGAUCGAAUAACUUCUGCCAAGCAGGAAACUAAAUCACAUUUUAAAAAUUCGACAUCAAACCUAAAAAGAAAAUCUCUAGAAAUUAUAACGACAAAUAAUAAAAUAUCUAAAUAUAGUAAGACUUCAAGCCCGCUAAUAAAUUCUAAGAACCAAAUGCUAGAUGAAGAGGUCAAUGUCAAGGAUACUGAACCUGUUUCUAAUGUGAAUAUUGAUUGCGAAACUGGAAAGCCAGACAAUUACAGACUUCUGGCUAUGGAAACCUCAGAAAAUAAUUUGGAUAUACGGGAAACAGUUGAUGAAAACUCCCAGAUGCAGGAAGAAUUACAAGAACAAUUUAUAGAACUGGGUUCUACAACUACUUAUGCGGAAAGUCUUAGUGAAGAUGCUGCCAGCUCUUCUAUAUUGCAUGAUGAACUACAGACUGAAUUUUAUAUAGAUAAUGAUAAGGAACAAUUUCAAUUAAACGAUAGCUAUUCAAAACUGAAAGAGGCUAAUACUAUUACUGAAAUUGAAGAUAUUUAUAAAGCUGAAGAUAAUAAAAAGACGAAUGAAGUUACGCACGAUUUGUUUUCUGAAUCUAACACAACGGAAGUUAUUUCUCAAAGCAAUGAAGAAGUCUGUAAAGACACUGAGAUCACUGAUGUCUUUAAAGCAUGUGACAUCAUGUUUAACAAAAUAAUUUCUUCAUAUGGCCACAAUAUUCAAACACAUAGCGAAACUCAUUUGGAUGCCGAAAAAAAUACCGGAAAAGACGAAGAAAAGGACGGGGAAGACAUGAAAUCAGGAAAAAAAUUAAUGGAAAAUAACUCUGAAACUCAGCUAGAAGCGACGGAAAAUAAUGGAUCAAUGUUAACCUCUGAAGAGGCUGAAAUGAAAUCGGCAUCAGUACAACCAGAUGCAAUCAUGAAUGACGAUCAUAAUAUGAGUUUAGUAAAUCAUGUUAUGGCUACUCAAGAUCUUUGCAAACAAUCGGACACAGAAUUGAUGCAACACGAAGUGCUAACAGAAAAUGUCAUACAAUUACAAGGGAUACAAGUUGAAAACGCUGCUCCAGAGGAAAGAGCUGCGGAAUACUCUGAAACUGCUGAUCUAAAAUCGCAAGACAUCCAAGUUUCUGAGCUAUACGAAAUUGAAACCGUUACUGAAAGUGUCGAUACAAAUUCACCAGAGACUGAAAACGAAUUCAAAACUACGAAGAAAAUGACAAUAGAGAAUAAUACCGCACCUGUCGAGAAAAUGAUACUCGAGCAACUUCAAUCGCCAUCAGGGGAUGUCUGUGAAGAAAAAGACCCCGAAAAAGAAGACACGAAUGAUUCACCAACACAAGAAUCAAAGAUUUGGGUGAGUAAUCGUACAGACGUCAUAGUGCAAAGUACAGAAACGAAUGUGGAAAAUAUUGCAGACAAUAUCGAUGCAAAAUUAAAAGAAGUUGAAAGAAACCUGCGAAACAUGUUUGAGUAUACCGAAGACGAAAUUGAAGAGAAAGUUAGUAGGCCGACCCAAGCAACAGAAUCAAUUAAUUUGGAAGAUGAAGAUUUCACGUACAUGCAAAUAGAGUCCACACUGCAGAGUAUUUGUGGCGGUAUGGUCACAAAAGAUGUUAACACAGGAAUUGAAGAAAUAAGGGACACCCUAGCUACAGAAGAAUCUCAAGAAGCCAGGGAAGACAAUUUAACUAAGAUUCGUUCGUAUCUACGAAAUAUUUUCGAAGGUACUGAUGAGCAAAGACCGAGAACGCCAGUUAUAGAUCAUUCUUAUGGUUCUCCAUGCCCUCCUAAUGUAACACCAGAAAAAAUGGACACUACGGGUGUUCGUGAGAAAAACAAACUCCAAGUUUUGAAUAUUGACACAGAUGCUAAUGAAAUAACAACUGAAGAAAAAAUAAUCGAUGAGUCGCCCUCUGUUGGUGAUGAUAAUGAAGUCGUCACAGUACUUAAAGUUAUAGAUUCUGAUUCAAGAGAAAAUUCUCUUGCACCCGAAAUUGACGCAGCCCCCAAAGAAAAUGAAGUACUUAAUGCAAUAAAAGUAAACAAUGAACGUAACCCAAAGGAAGACUCAAAAGAAGAUGCUUUUAAUCAGAACCAAGUUUGUCAUUAUGUUCUGGUUGAUGACAACAAUUACUUUAUAGAAGAAAUCGUUGAUAUGCAUAGCGACGAAAUUCUUGAUGACGAUAUAGCGCAAACAGUUAUCGCAAAUGCAUCGAGUCGAAUGAAUAUAUGUUCAAAUCGAGACCCGACUCCGAGCUCAUUAUCGAAGCCUAUUCCAAGCAUAAUGAUGAAUUAUGGGGAUGGUAAUAAAAAUCCUAGUGUACUGAUAACCCAACAAAUUGGUGCACAAGGUCAGAUUGAAGAAAUUGAUAUCAAGCUCAAUGUUCCUAUGGUAUCGUAUUCCAAGAAAUAUCCGAAUGGCCUUCAUUUUGAUUAUGUUUUUAGAGGUAAUAAAACGAAGAGCUUGAAGCGGAAGGCCGAGAUGACUGAUGUGAAAUUGUAUGAGAAGAAAUAUAGGAAAGGAAAGAAUAUUGACUACCCGAAAAUUACUAUCACAACUAUGGGUGACUCUGCGUACAGCAAGGAGUUCAAGCGACUUCUGGAUUACUGCAGCUCUGUAAAAUUUUCUUAUUCACGUCCUUUUCAUAAAGAGCACAUAGACGUGCAUGAAGUAUUAAAAUCAUGGCCUAUAAGAGGUAUUUGUAAAAUAGAACAACCUGAGACUGAACCGGACGAGACGUUAUUUACUGACAUGGAUCAGAUGGGUGAUAAAUCGCCCGAUCCAAGGACGCUGACAUUAGCUGAAGAAAUUAGCACUGAAUAUGACGAAACAGACUACAAAACUUGCGACACAAAUGAAACUAAUUUCCAUAUGGGUUUUGGUGAGAGGUCCGGCAGAGUCAUACAAAAUUUGGAAGACGGAUGUGGUACAAAAUUUUCGGCUGCGACUCUGUCGGACGUAAAACAAACUCAGCCGCUUUUACUGUCCGAAGGUUAUGUUAAUUAUAAACUUGUGCGUAAAUCUGUUAAUUCUGCUAAAUAUGGUGACAGAGACAAGAUGAAAAACAACAUUAGAUGCAUUGUACUAAAGAAUAAAGUCCGAUCUUUCUUUGAGCAGACGAUGGCAGAAUUGAGUUAUGAUUGGAUGAAACUACAAGAUAAAAAAGACUUGUCAUAUACCAGUGGGUUGCUUGACUAUUCAAAAUUCCCAUUCGGACUUACAGAUCCAGAUUUUAUAGAUCCUGUGCCAGUCGAAGCCGUUGUUCAGGUUGUACAAGUGGGACAAUUACCUGUCAGCGCGUCCGCUCAGAAUCCUGUGACAUGUGAUCCUCGAGUCACGCAAGUGUCGAACGUUAGUCCAUCACAAUGUUCUGCUGAAAACAGUCCCGGCGAUGACCAAUCUGUGAUAAAAACAGAGUACACAGAACUCACAACCGCUGAUUUGAGCAUGCCUUUAGCUCAAGAAUACGUUCAACAUAUCCAGUCAAUGCCAGUACCGUCACAUGAUGAGAUGAACUAUCCGAUGGCUAGUAAUUUCACCGUCGAUGUAGACAUAAAACCAGAAAUUAAAAUAGAAAUGGAAGAAACACCUGAAAUAAAAGAAGAGGUUAAUGAUAAUUUUGAGAACAAUGAGUAUCCACAGAUGUUUGAAAAAAAUAUGAUGAAUAACGUUGAUUACUCAUAUGAAACUAACCAUACGCAUUUACCACCUUUAGAACCCAAUCCUAAUAUGAGUAUGAUGUAUAAUUAUACUGAUAAGCAGACGCCUGUGCCUGUGUCUGUGCCUGUGCAUGAAGAAUAUCCUCAUCUCAAGCAGCACGAACACAUGCAUAUGCAUCAACCAGAACACGAGCAGCAAUACCAGCAACUGCAGCCAGAACUCGAGCAAUAUCAUCAGAUGCAGCAAGAGCAUGAGCAAUAUCAACAUCAGGACCAAUACCAACACCAGCAGAAACUUAUACACGAGCAAUAUGAACAAGAACAGCAACAUCUUCAACAACAACAACACGAAUAUGAGCAACGACAGUUAGAACUACGCCAGUUACAAUUUGAACAAGAGCAACAAAAACUGCAACAGAUGCAGGAACAUCAGCUUAAACAACAACAAGAGGAGGAACAGAGGCAACAACAACAACGGUUACUUGAGCUAAAAGAACAAGAGGAAUUGAAACAACAACAACAUUUACAAGAGCUGAAACUGCAACAAGAAGAACUACAACACCAACAACAUUUACAAGAGCUAAAACUGGCACAAGAAAAACAGCAACAGCAGCAGCAAUUGCAAGAACUAAAACAACAACAGCAGUUACAAAAACAACAAGAACUAAAGCUGCAAAAGGAGAAACAAAAAGAACUCAAACAACAGCUGCAAAAACAAGAGCAAAAACAAAAGCAACAAAAACAACAAGAGCUCAAACUACAGCAGCAACAACAAAAAGAAUUAAAACAGCAACAAUUAAAGCUACAAAAACAACAACAACAAGAGAUGAAACAACAGCAAUUAAAACAACAGAAACAAGAGUUACAGCAAAAGCAACAAAUGCAACAACAUGAGUUGCAACAGAAACAUCAGUUGCAGCAACAGCAACAACAGCUAGAGCAGCAGCAGUUGCAACAACAACAGCAGCAAUUACAAUUACAACAACAGCAACUGCAGCAGCAACAACAUCAGCAGCUGCAGCAAAACGGUCCACAAGAAAAAACUGACCAAAUUGCCCAUGCGAUGAAUGCAGCGGGAAUUACGGCAACCUCAGAACCCGUCUCGAAUAACAGAACACAAGCUAUUGUAAACAUGUUCUCCCAUAAAAUAAGGCAAGGCAACGUCACCACAAACCAAACGCCAAAUAAUUUUCAAAAAACUACAUCUAUUAAUGCUAUGGCGUUACAGCAAGCGUUAGCCCAAAUACUCCCGCCGCCGUUGAAUCAAACAAAUAGCUCGGAAAACAGUCAGCAAUCCUCGACGCCCCAAGUUUUACAUAUAGUGCAAGGAAAGAGUGCUUCAGGGAACCAUCAACAAAUCACUUUAGUUGAUAAUAGCCAGCAGUCUGUUAUAAACAAUCCGAAUAAUACUCCAGUUUUGCACAUCGUGCAGAACAAAACUGUACCUCCUGGUCCUACGUCGAAUGGAACACCGGCUUCACAAACAAAUUCUUUCAGUGGGCUCUCCUUAGUAGAUGCUGGUUUGCAACAAGGCAAUCAACUUCUCCACAUUGUGAACGCUGGAAACCAAAAGAAUGCAAAUACUGGUCAGCUACUGAAGAGAGUAAAUCUUCUAACCAACCUAACAAACGUUCAAGGAGGAAAUGAACAGAAAAUGGUACAAUUUGUUUGUAAAUCCGCUGAUGGAAAACCUAUACAGUUAAAUGGGCCUCACCAACGGAGCAUGGUUCUCAGAUUACAACCAGUCGAGGCACCCAAUCUACAACAAGCUCAGCCUAAACAAAUAGAGACACAAGACCUCAGUCCAACCCAAAGCGCUGCUAAAGACGCAGAAAUAAAAUCCCGGUCCAUUUACGAAGAAAAUUAUGCGAAAUUCAUACAAAGCUCAUCACCUAAAACCAAUUCUCCAGAAAAAGGAACGAGUUUACCUAAAUUCAACCAAGCCUUUGGGAAACAAGUUUAUCAAGAUGGUGGACAGAAAAACGACAUUAGUAAUGGAAAUGAAAUGUCACCUGAAGAAAACCCUGAUUGUCAAGCAAAUGAUAAUGCUAUCAAUUUAGAUCAUAUAAGCCAAAUUGGAAGUCCACCGCUAUUAUUGAGGAAGCCUUCUACAUCGCAAGCUCAGCCGAAUUUAGUUCAACAAAUAAAACAAACUAUAUCGCCAAUGAACAUCCACGGCGGUGUGAUAUACACUCGACAAAUACCUGUAAACCUCUCUGGAGGUCAAACUAUUAACCUGAUCACUGUACCUAGCUCAGACCUAAUAGAUGAGUCAAAUCAAAAACAACAGAAUGAAAUAGAGCCGUCGAUAAUAAAGAUUGUUCCUCAAACACCAACUCACGCCAAUACAGAAACUAAUGACGAAACAAAUCAACUCCUUGGGGCGACAAAUGAAAACUCACACGCUACCCAACAACAACCAGUAUUGACGCAAAUGCGAAUAAAAUUGCCAAUGUUAAGCAAAGCACCCCAGAUGGUGUCUGGAGGGAGAGUUGUGCGGCCAUCAUUCUUCCAAAUACAAAGAAAUGUCAUCUCUGGGACCAACCAGCCUGUGUAUCAACAGUUGGUGCUUACAGCAGCUCCGCAGCUGGGCCAACAAACUGUAAGAGUACCACAAACUUCCCAACCAACCGCACAACAAACUACCCAACAACCCAGCCAUCAAACUAGCCAGCAAACCAGCCAUCAAACCAACCACCAAACUAGCCAUCAAACCAACCUCCAAACCAGUCAUCAAACGAGCCACCAAACCAGCCACCAAUCGAGCCACCAAUCGAGCCACUCAUCGAGCCACCAAUCGAGCCACCAAUCGAACCACCAAACGAGCCACCAAACGAGCCACCAAACGAGCCACCAAACUAGCCACCAAACGAGCCACCAAACCAGCCAUCAAACUAGUCACCAAGCUAGCCAUCAAACUACCCUACAAACUCCCCAACAAUCUACCCAACAGGCAACCCAGCAGGCCACCCCACAGGCUAGCCAACAAACUACCCAACAGACCACCCAACAAUCUACCCAGCAAACUAGCAAACCCACUAAAGCUGCAACUGCACCAAGUGCCAGUGAAAGUCAAUCAUCAACUGAGUCCAUGAGCUCAUCGACAUUGGAGCAGCUUAGAGAGUUUGACUUAGUACUGGAACAAGUCAAAGAAAGGAGCACGGUACAACCGAAAUCGAAAAAGGGUUCGAAAAAGUCAAAAGACAAGACUGACUCAACGGCGUCUACCAGCUCAGCUUCUGGAGAGACGUCUCGUGCCCAACCACAUAAGCAGCACCAAGUUCUCUACUCCAUCGGGAACACACAACCUUUGAACGUUUCUUACGUGAACAAGAAGUCCGCAACACCAGGUCCGUCAUCAACGCCAACACCUUCAACUUCGUCUUUCGCACGGUCACCUGAUUCUUCUGGUAUCGUUGACUCGUCACCCUCUUCAUCGUCGCAUAGUCAGAUCCCCCACACGGUUACCAGCGAACCAUCAACAUCUGACGCUCCAGCGCCAUCUAAAUCUAAAUCCAGUUCAAAGUCUAAAUCAAGACCAAAAGCGUCUUCGAAUCCUCCGAAUACACUAAAACUUAACACUACUCCUCCAAAGCCAUCCACACAAAAACCGGCUGAAGAUGAGCAGACUACUCAACGAAUUCUUUACAUCUUAGCUGAAUAUAAAGAACAGGUGGAAAAUUCUCCUGACAAAGAUAAACCUGCACCGCGACGAAGAAACAAUCCACCUUCAAAUCCAGGGUCAUCGAAACGCAAGAAGAGCUCUAGUUAUCGUCGCCGAGAUUUGAGUCCUGCGGACGACUCCUGUAGGACAAUGGGGUCUGAGGACAGUAGCUGUGGUACAUCUCAGGGUGAUUGCAACGAUAGCUGCAUUGACAGCCAUUCCCCACAAGACAGUCCACGCAAAGUAGUGCGCAAACUUACUUUUGAACAGGAAACACCAACCACACCUCAACCUAGACCACAGCCACAACGUAACGUCAUCGUUGCUGAUGGUCAAACAAUCACCGUUGCUCGAGGCACGGCUGGCAAACCUUCCACAGCCGCCGUACUCAUGCCAGCUAACUACAUUCUACCAGUUUCUAUGAUCAAAGGUGGCCAACAAAUUGCUAUAGUGACAAACAGAGGCCCGAAGCUACUUACAGUGGGCGGUGGAGAAGGUGGAGGAAAUGCACUGCUACUACAACGUCUUAUCGGUCCUGCUGGACUGAAGCCAGUGUUAGCACGUCCAGGGGUGCGACAUGUCCGCUUACCAACUGCGGCACUCCACAAUCUUCAAGCGUUCAACUUGGCGACUGCAACCACUGUACAGCCGCCAGAUAGUACCGCUUCUCCGGCCCCUGCACCAGCCCCGCCUGAGUUAAUUGAGACGAGAGCUAACAGUUCCCCAUGGAGGGAUCGUGAUGCACAGGAUUUGAAGCCUGACCGAGGAUCCAGCCCUGACGGAGGAGAGCCUUGGCAUCUCCCGGCCACAGCCAAUCCUCACGACUACAGCUACGAGGAGGUGGUUCGGACAGACAACAUGGAGCGCACUGUGCUUGACCCGAUCCCAGAUAGAUACAGUCCCGAUAUGGAGGCGCAAAGGAUUUUUGAUAAGAUGUUCGACGUCGAUUCAAAAAGGUCGUACAUGGUCGGUUCACACGACGAUUCGCCGCGAUGCGGCUACGAUAUAGACGCGUCAGAUUGCGACGAUAAGGGCUACCAUCAGGUUGUACAGAAGAAGGAUGGAUCACAGCAAAGGCAGCACCGUUUGAGUCACGUGUCUGCUGCAGCUUUGCGACACAAAUAUGCUGUUCUGGAACAUGAACUGAGAUUACAGAAAUCGUUGUCGGAGGAGUGUGAGGACUUAGGCGUGGACUCUCCGUCUGCAUCGGAGUUGUUCCCUGAAGCUGAGCUGUUAUUCGCCGCCUCACCUGCACAUGAUCAUACCCAGGAUCACGGUCACCAUUCGCAUACUCCACAACCAAUGAUGCAUCAUACCAUAUCACAACCGGAUUUAGAUGACCAGAUUGCUACCGACCAGUUAUUACCUAGGACGAACAUGCAUGACGAUCAGAAUGACCUAGGUCUAGGUCUAGAAGACGUGGGCAUAGUCACUGUGAGUGAGGAUGGGAUGCAGGCCACUAUAGCACUGGACCAGGAGGAGUUUGCCCGGUCUCAUCCUAAUACCACCUUCCAUAGUGAACCCACUGAUGAGGGAGAGGUGCAGCCAUUCACAAUAAGCGGUCUGAAAGGUCGUCACAUAACAUCGACGAUAUUCCACGCUAACCGCGCCCCCGGCACCGUACUGAUGACGGCGCCGCAGACCACCGUCAUCUCACAGGCCACCGCCGAGAGUGGCGGACCACACAACACUGUCAAGUACUCCGAUAUAGACAACAUGAUCAACUCCUUACCCGGACCACACACACAGAACAGCAUCAACUUAUCCUCAGUACUCGUCAAGGACGACGGACUCACUAGAUUCGACAGCAUUCUUAAUGACAAUAGAGAACUGCACCUCUCUAACACAGCGUCCGCCAUCGUCCACGCCACAGGUAACAACACCACACAGGUCAUCAGGCGAGUCUGCUACGGCAACAAGAGGGAACAAACCUCAAGGUUCCUUAUUGACGAACACGAAGGUCUCAUGCACAAUCACCACACCAAAAUGAUGACCGACGACUCGAGAGAUUUUGGAGAUGUCGAAGAUGAAGAGUCUUCCCCGGAGCGAACAGAACUAUUCUGGGAGUCGAACUCCGCUUCAGAACGUGAGACAAGACGCGCACUUGAUUUUAGUAGCGACAGCGACAAAUGUUGCAAGAGCCCAUCCUUCGAAGAGAAUAAUUCUACAGAUUCCAGCGGGAUUGGUGCUCAUAUGAGAUUAGACUCUGUUAUAAAAGAGGCGCGGGGCGUUGAGAGGCGUUGUAGUGCAGAUGGGUCGUCUGCGGACGACACUCACGCCCCGCCACUUCGUACGUAUCCUCCGAAGCGCAUGUACCAUCACGCGCUAGACGCUGGCGCAGCGCGGAGCCUGUCCGGGAAGACUCGGGCGGGCGAGCGCUCGCCUGAUAUGCACGCGGAGCGACACGAGCGACACGAGAGACAUGACCGGCAUGAGAGACAUGAUAGACACGACAGGCACGACAGCGCGGAGGGCAGGCGGCGCGCGUCCGGCCGCGGCGUCGUGAAGCGCGGCUGCCACUGCUGCAACGGCGAGCCGGCCCCGCCUCGUCCCAAGAAACCCCGGCAGAGGAAACCCAACAUUGACUUUACUACAACCAACUGACAUGCGACACAUUGUGAUUACCGAUUUCUACAUUAAGGCUGUGGCAUUAUUAUUAUAUACUCCGUCUGCCACGCCAGACUGAAACGCGAUCUCUUUACUGACGAGGUUUCACUUUUUUAGGUGUAUUAUAAAAAAAAGUUGUUGAAAUUGUUUUGUAUAUAAUUUUAUAAGUAAAAAAAUAACCGGUAGCUAAGUUCACAGCAGUUUGGAUACGCGCGAUUAUAUUUUUUUUUGUUAAAGUUGAUCGAAUAAUUUUUCGUAAGUUCCUUUACGUGUUAUUUUCUAAGUAUGUCACCGAUAAGUUCAAAUUCGUUUUUAUUUGUAGUUCGAACGUGGAUUUCUUGUAGCGUUGUUUUUUAUUUCUUGUAACAUAUUAUCCAUAAACAUAUUUUGUAUCGAUAUAUGUAAUUGUAUAAAAAUGUAUUUCUAGGUUACCUCUGAUAGACGUAAGUGUUUCCGUUAGUGAUUACAGGCCAUACUCAAAUAUGAAUUUAAUCGUCUUUUAGCGGUGUAGUUGUAUUAAUUUAUAACAUUUAUAAUAGCCCUUCAUAACGAUGCUAGACUGAUGUUGAGGUAAUGAUUCGUUUCAUUAGCGCGUUGUCACGUUUCAUUCGAGCCAAUAUGUAUGUAUAUUUAUUUAUAUAGUGUAGUAUAUUUGCGCAUAGUUUUAGUUGUAAGCUACUUCCAUGUGACACAGCACAAAGUGAACUAUUCAUAAACACGAUGGGAGCUUUAACUUGGUGAUUUGAAUUAUUUUUGAGAUUUUGUUUAUCAUAAUAUUUCGGUGCCAAUAGUUUAUGUGGCGCCCUCUACUCACCUGCGCUUUACAUUAUGUUUCCAAAGGGCGUUAAUAUCGCUGUAUUUAAUGAAUAAAUAUAUAAACAUUUAAUAGUAGCAAUGUGUUAAGCUAGUGUGAAUUUGAUAUCCAUAGUGUAAAAGAUGUAAAUAAAUUUUUGAUCCCCAAUUUUUGUUUAGGGGACAAUCUAGUCACUAUAGUACCGAUAUAUAAUGUAGCGUUAUACGUCUUACUCAGUCCAGUCGAGCACAGAGCCUGCUCGCUGGCGUACCGGGCCGGCUCUAAGCCGAUGAUUCAUUUUCCGUACAGUAUUCUACCGCUUGUGUAUAUAAAGCCGUAAUAGUAAACGAAGAAAAUAAUGGUUCAUUUGUUACUAAUUACAAUUACAAGAAUAAAGUGUGAAAAAGUAAAAAAAAAGAAAUAAACACUAAAUUCUCGACGUUUAGAAUCAAAAUUCAUUCCGAAUUUGUAAAUAGUGGAAUGGGGGGUGUUUAAAUUUUAGUGAAUUUAGUGAGUUUCGACCUAUUUUGGGUUGUAUAGUGAAAAUUGUAAUGGGGUAAUUAUGUGCACUCGAUGGGUGGUUUUAUGGAGCCUAUAGUUCAACUUAAAUUAGUCGUAAGCUCGUGUUUAGUGUGUGACGGCUAAUAGUGUAUCGAGACGCGUCCGUCGCGUGGCGCAGUCGGCUCACGUACGACCGCCACCUCCGCUAAAGACACUAAAAUUAUCACAUCCAAUAUUACGACUAACUUAUAAUAAUUAUUCUGAGAGUUUUUGAAACCUACGUAUUAUUUCGUUUUGGAAGAAAAAAAAUCUGCCAUUUCUUAAAAGUAAGGUUCGAAUUUUUUAUAUAUUCCAGCAUGUUGUUAUUGUUCUUGUGACUCAUAAUAUUGUGGGUAGCGUCGUACCUCCGAUAUUAUAGUUUGAACGAAAAAAUACAGUAUUGCAGAUGCGUUUUUGUUAUAUUUUUCACUUAGAAAUUUAAAUUUAUUAGCUGUAAAAGGAAACUAUUAAUUAACGUUUAGGAGUUUCAUUAUUUUUUAAUUAAAAACAUUUGUGUUUUUGUGAUUACAUACUGUAAACAUUAUUUUUAAAAAUGCUACAGAAAAAAUGAUCAUUAAAACUUAUCUAUUAAAAUUAUGGCGAUUUUAUUUAUUUUCUUUGUCCAUUUUACUUAAUUUACCCCCAAUACUUAAACCUUUAUUCUGGAAAAUAAUAAUAAUAGUUCCGAAAAACAAAUUAAUCUCCAGC